AUGGCGAGGCAGGUGUGCCGCGGUCAGAGCCCCGAGCUCCGCCUGGACGCUCCACGCCCUGGCGUCGGGCCGCCGCGGCAGCUCAGCCCCGAGCCUCGCCGCCCCCUCUGCCUGUCGCAGCCGGCGUGUCCCGCAGUGGGACCGGCUUCCACCGCCGAGUCGCGGGCCCCCGGAGCUGCCUGCAGGGGCGGGGCCGGAGCGCGGUCCAGAGGCCUGACGUCACCCCCGGGGCUGCAGGGAGUGGGGGCCAAGGCUCUGCGGCUCACCUGCAGUGGGGGAGGGGAGGCAGGGCUCGGACUGCGGCUCUGCCCAUGCGCACCAGCUGGGGCAGUGGGGCGCGGGGAAGGCAGAUCGCCUGCCGUCGGCUGUCUGCACUCAGGCCCCUGUCUCGACCUCGGGCCCGGGCUGACCCUGCCUAGGUCCGCUGAGCGCCGGCCGCCGGGUUUGCGAGGGGAGGAGCUUCCCUACCCAGACUCCUGGCUGGGCUGA